UCCUCCGUUUUCUGCCCUUUCCUCUUCUUUCCAUAAUUCUUUUCUUUGAUUUGACACCUCUCUCUCUCUCUCUCUCUCUACACUUUUCUAGGGCUGUUUGCUCCUCCUCCUCAUAUUCUCAGCCUGUUCACACACCAAACUCUCUUCUUCCUCAACUCUACCAAUACAUCUACAUAGAGAGAGAGAGAGAGAGAAUACUAGCAAUGGCGAAGGAUUUGGUUUCUUCAUCUGAGAAUCUAGCCAUUUUGCAUACGCCGUCGUCUUCGGGAGUUGCUGUUGCUGAUGACAGCUUCGAGGACGCUUGUAGUAUCUGUCUCGAACCUUUCAGCUCCGACGAUCCCGCCUCGGUUACCAGCUGCAAGCACGAGUAUCAUCUUCAGUGCAUUCUUGAAUGGUCACAAAGAAGCAAAGAAUGCCCAAUAUGUUGGCAGAUUCUUGGCAUGAAGGAUGCUGCAAGUCAAGAGCUUUUAGCAGCAGUUGAGAAUGAGAGAACCUUGAGGUCAAGGCGUACUGUUCACCCAAUCGAUGAAGACCAUGAUAUCAAUCAAGAAGCUCCUUACAUGGAUGAUUCUGACUUUGAGGAGCAAAUUAUGUGGCAUUUCGCUGCUGCUGCAAGCAGAUCUCGCUACAUAAACAGAAGGGGAAGGCAGAGGUCUUCAGGAAUUGGUUCUUCACAAGUUCUUCCUGCUGCUCCAAUUGCAGAUGUGCCCAAUGUGCAGCAAAUGUAUACCUCUCCAGAAGAGCGCCAAAAUCCAGGUCAUGGGUUCUUAGCAGUGGAUUCACCAGCUUGUAGCACACCACAUACUACCAUUGAUCAAUAUCCACCAUCUGUGGUUCCACCUGUUAUGAAUACAGUAUCAAACUCUGCUGGAAACAGUGAUAGUCCUGCCCAGGCCAGUGCUUUUGACAGUAAGCCAACCGCUGAUAGUCAGCCAAGACGAAGCUCAUCUGACUUUCUCACUUUGUCGGAGUCCAUUAAAUCUAGAUUGUCUACUGCCUCAGCCAGGUACAAGGAAUCAAUCUCAAAAAGUACACGAGGAUUCAAGGAAAAAUUACUAGCUCGCAAUAACUCGGUAAAGGAAUUGAGCAAAGGAGUGCGGCGUGAGAUGAGUGCAGGAAUUACUGAAGUUGCAAGAAUGAUUGAACGUAUAGACAUUACUUCAAAACGAUCUGGAGUUUCUGCUCCCUUAUCCAAUCCCGCUGGAGGAACCUCAAACUCAUCUCAUAAAGGAAAGGGUUUGCAUGGGAAUGAGUCUUGUCAUGGAAAUACUGGGGAAACUGCACAUAACAUGUCUUCAGAUGCACCCAUAUCUGUCUCCAUCACCACUCCAGGUCGAUUGGAAGUUUCUCUUACACAGGGUGGAAACCAACGUUGCUGAGAUCAGGAUGAGGAGUCAACUUUGACAUGCGUAUUAUCAUCCAACAGAAGGCAUUUCAUGCAAGUGAUGGGUAUUGAAGAAUCAACCCCACUCGUAGAUAGAUGGUUGGUUCGCGUCCUGCAUUAGUUCUUCUAAACAUAUACAUCCGUCUAUGGUUAGGAGAAAUUAGUCGCUGUUUCCACCUACUGUUAACCUAAAAUUCAUGACCUGUAUCAGUUGGUUCCUAUAUAAUGCUGUAGAAUAUGGUAAGAGCACUGAAGGAGAGAUUUUUCAUACUCGCGUUUGCUUCCCAUUUCCCAUGUUUUUUUUUUGUCACUGAAUGCAGUAAGAUCCGAUAGACGAAUGGUAUCAGUAACCUUACAUACUUAGAUGGCUAUGGACACAACUUUUCUCCUUAGUGUUUUAAAGUAUUUUUUUUCGAAAUAGAAUGGUAUGAAUUUGAGUUUUUGGUUU